AUGUGCAUGGGAAUCCUCUACGGUCUCUCUGAGGCCACGCUGAAAAAGUAUCGCGGUUGGGCCAACGAGUACAAACGGUUCAUGGCGCACGAGUUGCCGAAACUGGACGAGGGAAGGUUCGGGGAGGAGGCCACGUUGAGAAACGCGAACCCCGACAAGAUCGGAGCCGCGCUCGAACAGAACAUGGGCGGUAGUUGGAAGAUGGCGACAGGAGACGAGCAGUGGUUCCACGGCCCAGAGACGAAUCCGUGGCGCUUACGCAAAUACGUGACCUACCUCGCGAACGAGACGGUCGCACAGGCGGACAGGAUGGAAACACUGAAGCGGCCCGACAAGACCUUGAAGAAGAGACGCCAGUGCACCCCUGCAUUGCUGAUGGGGCGUCUCAAGGCUCUGAACCUGCUCAUCAAGCUGGACGGGGCCAUUUUUCGGAAACUCGUCUUGAACCUGCUGCGCGACUUUGCGGAGUGUCGCAUCUGGGUCCGCGUUCAAGUACGAGAUCAAUACCAGCGGUUUAUCGCGACGGGCAAGAUGAACAGGGACUUCUCCCUCAACUACAUCUCUGCAGUGAGGCACAUAGACUGGACGCUGUGCGCGGUCGAAGCUACGCUGCUGUGGCUGCACUGGGUGUACGACUUGGUUCCUUUGCUCUACGAGGACAUAGCACCUCCUCUGGACUUCACUGAACCCUCGACUUGGUACGACCAGUACCUCUUCUUCCCAAUUCGCGCGGGUAACGAGAAGAAAAUUCCUCCCACGGCCCAUCACGACUGGGCGGCGAAGAUUCUGACGGACGCGGGCAUCACAUGCUCGCGUGUGGUUCACGCGACCAGGGCUGGUGGGUCGCAGCACGCAUCCGCGGACGGAAUGCCAUCGGAUCAGCUGGCGAGGCUGGGGGGGUGGCGUUUCAUCGACGUGAUGACUAAACACUAUCUCACGACUAUUCCGAGGGAGGCCGUGCUCCUGAAGGCUGGCUUCACAGGGAUUGAUGGUGACUACUUCCUGGGUCGCGUGACAGUUCUGUGCAUGGAUUACAAACUGAAGAUGGUGAGCGACGACAAGGCGGAGAAGCAGGACACCGCGGGAAUAAACAUACUGCGGGAGCUGGACGGCGAGGCUAGGAUGGCAGUCGCGCAAGACCUGGCCAUGUAUUACAUUCACCAGCCGCGACACCCGUACGUGGUCAACAACCCGCUCUGCCAGACGGAGGAAUUUGCGUCGUGGGCUGUUGAUGUCUCCUUGCCUAAUCAACUGGCCAUAGUACAGCGUAACACACCUACAUUGACCCAGGGCGCGGUGAGUACUGCAUGGUCGCGUUAUUUAUUCGGCUGUAUUGUCAAUGCCCAACCAUCACAUGUUCGCGGUCGCGUUCUGUCCAUGCAGGAGGUCAGUACCAGAAUGGACGCGCAGCACCAGGUGACCACUCUAACGGAGUACCUGACUCGUUCACAAGCAGACAACACCAGGCUGGGCCUAGAGUUGGUCGCGACUCAGAAACGGGUGACAGAGCUAGAGGGUCAAUUGGAGGAUCGCGACCGAAAGCUGGCCGCGAAAGACGAGCGCGUGAAUGAUUUGGAGGCCCAGCUGUCGCGGCUCACCGUGAGCAGCUCAGGGCCGACCGCGGUUCCGAACCCGGCAAACACUUCUGGAGCCGCGGCCGCGGCUACCAAUGCCAUAACUCCCACCGACCAGGGGACGCGGAAGAAACCCGCACCGCCCACCAGGGAACAGACAAUUCUGGACGCGAUCGUCCUUCCAUGGGUCAACGCGACCAAACCGACAGACGGAUGGAAGCUGUACAAGACCACGCACCCGCUGAUCCUCAAGAGUCCAGAGUCGCUUCUGGCCCAGCCUCGCGGUGCAGUUACGCGAAUGGCCGAGAUGAUAGGCAAGGAGGGAGGUGGACCGAACGCGAUAAACCGUUCCAAGCGAGUCAUGGACUUCAUCGCUCUUAGGGUGGAGCAGGGAGACAACAUCGCGGUAGUGCUUGACAAGCUCGACCUCGUGUCAGCAGCUGUGGGCAUGUCGGGUGUAUCAGAAGGGAUCGCGGUAAAGAAGAAGAGUGUUGACUUGGAACUGAGCCAGCUCAAGAAGGGUUCUCCAGUGGAGGUGCAGUUGCGUGUGAAAUGGAUGCUUGUUCGCGACCGUCUCAUCGAUGCCUCUCUUCCCGCUUCUGAGUUCACCGUUGCGUGGCCACAGUAA